AUGUUUUCUGGUUUGCUCUCAACCACUGUGCUCUGCCUAGUGACCUCUUCUUUCGCAUUGGUCACCCGCAGCACUCCUGAAGUUGGUGAGAAGUUUGGUCUCUAUGCGUACGGUGACUCCCUUGGAGGGGUCCCUCUCUUUUAUGCUGACGGGAAAGCGUUUGUUGGCGAUUCGUCUAAUUCGACCUCUUCCUCGAUUUACAAUGUGACAUUUGAGCGCACGUCAGCCUCAUCGUCUAGCCCUUGGCUCGCGAAUCCUAAUGGGACUACUGCGGCCGACACAAACUGGUCGGAAAAAAUGUUAUAUAUUCCUAGUUCGUCGGCAUCCUCUGAUCAGAUAGGAUUCAUUUCCAACGCAGGAGACAAUGAGAUCACCACUGGCUUUGUAUUUUAUGGCCAGUCGGUAAUGGUAGAAACUGCUCCCGGGGACUAUUCUACAAGCUUCUAUGUUCGGCCUUCCUCUCAGGGAGAGGGCAUCUAUUCCUUACUGUGGAAUGUUACUGGUGAUGAUACUAUCAUUUCUAUAUCUUUGCGCUCUGUCGAACCCUCUAAUGCAUGA